AUAAAAAAAAAGAAAAAUUAACACAACCCUCGCACCUGUCCCGCAUGGAGCUCUUGACCCCGAGCUAGGGUUCCCCCGCCGCCGGCGCUCCACGGCCGCCGUCGUCACCGCAACUCCGGCAGGAAGCAGUGUCCCCCCCCCCCCCCCCCCACGCGCCCCUCCUUUUCUCGCCUUGCAUCGCCCGCCUCUGCAUCCCCAUCAAGGACGGCGGCAACCUCUGCAUCCGCCGGCGACGAGCUCUGCUCUCCGGCCCCGCCGGCCGACCGUCGACCUCGUCCUUCCCACUUACAUCCACCUCGAGCUGGUCCUCCCCUCCGACGUCCACCUCGAGCUCGUCCUGCUCCACCUCCUCCGACGACCUCGUCCUCCCCAACGACCUGCUCCACGAUUCAGUCAAUGUCAUCGUCCUAGCUACGGCAACCAGCCCCUCGCCGGACCUCCGACUGGCUUAGUCCUGUGCCCCAGAACCACACUCGGCUCUGCUGUGUCUAGCUGCCAGCUGGCAGCCAUGGCCAUCGAGUGCCUCGUGCUAGGGGCGGGGCAGGAGGUGGGGAAGAGCUGCGUGGUGGUGACCAUCGGCGGGAAGCGUAUCAUGUUCGAUUGCGGCAUGCACAUGGGCCACCACGACUGCCAGCGGUACCCCGACUUCGCGCGCAUCCUUUCCGCCGCCCCAGGCGCCACCGACUUCACCUCUGCCAUCUCUUGUGUUGUCAUCACACACUUCCACUUGGAUCAUAUUGGGGCGCUGCCAUAUUUCACCGAGGUCUGCGGGUACAAUGGUCCAGUCUACAUGACGUACCCAACUAAGGCUUUAGCUCCAUUGAUGCUGGAAGAUUAUAGGAAAGUAAUGGUAGAUCACAGAGGGGAGGAAGAACAAUAUAGUUAUGACGAUAUUCAGCGUUGUAUGAAGAAAGUCAUACCUGUUGACUUGAAGCAAACCAUUCAAGUGGAUAGGGACCUUGUGAUCCGUGCCUAUUAUGCUGGACAUGUUCUAGGGGCUGCAAUGAUUUAUGCAAAAGUUGGAGAUGCUGCUAUGGUCUACACGGGGGAUUACAACAUGACACCAGACAGACAUCUUGGAGCAGCACAAAUCGAUCGUCUGAAGUUGGACCUCUUAAUAACAGAGUCUACAUACGCUAAAACUGUACGUGACUCAAAGCAUGCCCGCGAGAGGGAGUUCUUAAAAGCGGUCCAUAAAUGUGUUUCUGGAGGAGGUAAAGUUCUGAUUCCGGCAUUUGCUUUGGGAAGAGCUCAGGAGCUAUGCAUAUUACUGGAUGACUAUUGGGAAAGGAUGAACUUGAAGAUUCCUAUCUAUUUCUCAGCUGGUUUAACCAUUCAAGCUAACAUGUACUAUAAGAUGCUUAUUGGAUGGACUAGCCAAAAGAUCAAGGACAGCUACACAGUUCACAACCCGUUUGACUUCAAGCAUGUUUGCCACUUUGAGCGUUCAUUCAUCAACGAUCCUGGACCCUGUGUACUUUUUGCAACACCUGGUAUGAUUAGUGGUGGAUUUUCACUUGAGGUGUUUAAGAGAUGGGCUCCAUCAGAAAAAAAUCUGGUUACACUUCCAGGAUAUUGUGUUGCCGGAACCAUUGGCCAUAAAUUGAUGUCUGGAAAACCUACCAAGAUUGAUUUGGACAAGGAUACCCAUGUUGAUGUCAGAUGUCAGAUCCAUCAGUUGUCAUUCAGUCCUCACACGGACUCCAAAGGGAUCAUGGAUCUUACAGAGUUUCUUUCACCCAGCCAUGUGAUUCUCGUUCAUGGUGAAAAGCCUCAGAUGGCCUUCUUGAAGGAUAGGAUUGAAUCCGAAUUGGGGAUGCCAUGCUAUUACCCAGCUAACAACGAAACCGUCUCCAUUCCGACAACUCACUAUCUGAAAAUAAACGCCACGGAGAAGUUCAUCACGAGCUGCACCGCUGCUCAGGCUAGAGAUGGUCUGGAGAAGGCAAACCUGCUAUGUGGCAACCAUCUGUCAGGAGUCGAUGGUGAUGCGAAGGCAGAUGAGGGCAUUCUUCUAAUGGAGAAGUCUAGGGCACCGAAAAUCUUGUGCGAGGAUGAGCUCCUUCAGUUGCUGGGCACGGAGCGCCAUUCCGUCCAAUUUGAGCCGCUGCUUAGCUCGAGGAUUGAAGAGGCACAAACCACCAUUGUAGAUGAUGUAGCCACCUGUGAGUGAAAUGUGUGGAUGUCUUUUAGUGUUUGCACCUCACUUUGGUUUUGGCCCUCUAGUGUCAGUCCAGGGCGCUGCACAAUGUAACAGCCCGAUGGUUUUAUCAGGGCAUCUCUCAGGGUAAAUGAAACUAAGUGCAUUUGUAAAAAAUAAUACAGUAUAAGAGUGACGCACUGCAGAAA